AAUAGAAAAUAGAUAUCGGGAGAAAAGAAGGGAAAUUAGAAAAUUUCAUACAGGCUCUCUCCCCUUUUUUCCAUCAAAAGCAUAUUCACGUCUCGUCUCCAGCGGAAACCUACAAAGUGGCCUUUCUACCGGAGCAUUAUCGGCAAAGCAGACGCAGAGGUAACAAAGCAAAACUAGAAGCAAGGGGAUGGCGCACCUAUCAGCUAGAAAAACCAGCAAGAUCCUCAGCUCCUUGGCUCCAAGGUUCUGCCUGAGCAAGGCCAUUCUCUCGUCCGCUCUUUCUUCACUUUCUUCGUCCCAGUGUCGCCAUUUCGCCGCCGCCCCAGUGCCACCUCCUGCCGUGUUUGUUGACAAGAACACUCGGGUCAUUUGCCAGGGCAUUACCGGAAAGAACGGUACCUUCCACACUGAACAAGCUAUCGAGUAUGGCACCAAAAUGGUUGGUGGGGUGACACCAAAAAAGGGUGGAACUGAGCACUUGGGACUUCCUGUCUUCAAUACAGUUGCUGAAGCGAAAGCGGAAACAAAGGCAAAUGCAUCAGUCAUUUAUGUUCCUCCUCCAUUUGCUGCAGCAGCUAUCAUGGAGGCCUUGGAGGCUGAAUUGGAUCUAGUUGUAUGCAUCACAGAAGGAAUCCCUCAGCAUGACAUGGUGCGAGUGAAGGCUGCUUUAAACAAGCAAUCCAAGACCAGGUUGAUUGGGCCAAACUGCCCAGGCAUUAUCAAGCCAGGAGAGUGUAAAAUUGGAAUCAUGCCUGGGUACAUUCACAAACCAGGACGUGUAGGGAUUGUUUCUCGAUCUGGUACCUUGACGUAUGAAGCGGUCUUCCAAACAACUGCUGUUGGCCUAGGUCAAUCAACCUGUGUAGGCAUUGGUGGUGACCCUUUUAAUGGGACCAACUUUGUUGAUUGUAUGAAUAAAUUCCUUGUGGAUCCUCAGACUGAAGGUAUCAUUCUAAUAGGAGAGAUUGGAGGGACUGCAGAAGAGGAUGCUGCUGCUCUGAUUAAGGAAAGUGGGACUGAGAAACCUAUUGUUGCAUUUAUUGCUGGACUUACUGCACCACCUGGCCGUCGUAUGGGUCAUGCUGGAGCUAUUGUGUCAGGUGGAAAAGGUACAGCCCAAGAUAAAAUCAAGACCCUCAGAGAAGCUGGGGUUACAGUUGUUGAAUCUCCGGCAAAGAUAGGUGCUGCCAUGCUUGACGUCUUUAAGCAGCGGGGUCUUUUAAGCUAGUUUCGAUGAUCACAUUUGGGAGACUACAGAACUUUAUUUUACAGAAUCUAGGAGCCAUUGAAAGCCCUUGCAUUCGUCUUUCAGAUUAUUAUUGGGGUUAUGGCUCUUCUCAUCUGCAUUGCUUGAGGUGAAGUUCCAAUGUUCCUUUUUUUUAAUUAUUUUUAAUUUUCAGCAUGCGGUGUUGGAUAUUUCAAUAAAACUCUUUCAACAUCAACUUCAAAAUUGUACUUACCUUUUGGAGAAAAGCUAUUUGAUGCCAUCCUAUGCCAAAUAGAAGCAAGUUUGCCAGAACAUGGAAAGAGGUCCGCCAUUGUAAUGUCUUGAUAAACCAGUUGUCUAAACUCUAAAUUACUUGGA